AGGGACCCUGCUCCAAAAAACGAACGUGUUGCCUGAGUAACUAAGAAGCGGAGAGUGUCCACGGCCGUCUGUUUACAGCGGUCUUUGCUUGCUGUGUCCCUUGUGGUGCUCUGCAGAUAUCCUGCUGGGGGUCAUGGAGCAUGUUCAUCCUUGCUGCCCUUCCUCUUAUAUUUACUUAAGUCGUAUGAAGAACACCUGAAGUGGGCUGCUGCCUCCAUGAAAAUUAUAUUGUUGGGCAAAUGCUGAAGACAAGAACAGAUUGAUGAAUGCAGGUUGACUUUUAUAAUAAUCACACAGAAGACAAUUCGAAAGAAAAUUAUGGUGAAAACAGAGCAGAAUAUGGAACCAAAAAAAUGAGAACCUCAGAAGAAAUAUCUGAAGAAAAAACUAAUAGUAGUUUCCAGCUGGUGAUACAGAGCACAAAUCAGAUUGAAGAUUUAACAACUACCCAUUCUCUUCCCAUCCAGACAUUUAACUUAAAAGAAUAUACUUUAAGCUCAGCAGAUUCUGAAGAUGACUGUAUUGAAAAUAUACCGUCUCAUUGCAGCAGUGCUCCUCAGAAUGAACUAGCUAAACUAGAAAAAGUGACAGUCAGCCCUCAGGAGAAAGAUGUGGAUCCUCUGAUCCUGAAAGCUAUAAAGAAGAUGAAAAGGUUGGACCAGAUAUUGGCAAACAAACAAUCUCAAGAAAGGGCAAUUAAAAAACAAGGCAGAGAAAUGAGAACUAAACUGUGGGAAGAGUUUCAGUCUAUGACAUCUCAAUGUUCUUCAGUGAUGACUGAUGAGGCAGAAAACACGAGUAGAUUUUUAGCUUUGACCUCGCCAUUACCUGAAAUGCCUGACUCUCCUGUUUCUGAAGAUGAUGAAAUGUUUGUUAGUGUAUUUCACACACAGCUUCAUCCGGAAAAUUAUGAAUCUAGUAGAAGACAAACCAAGCAAGGUGAAGAUAGAAUGAGAAGCUCAAUAAAGAAAAUGGAAAAAAUGGUUAAAAGUGAAACGAGCUGCAAGAAACCUCCUGAUUUUGUUAAAAAGAACAUAGAGUCUUCCAAGCCUUCCAGAUUCCAAAUUGCUUUCUUUAUUCAGCUGGCCAAGGAUCCAGUGAACCAAGUGGUUAUGCCAGAGGAAGAUAAGAAGAGGCUGUCAGAAUUGCUGAAAGACACUGAAGAUGAGAGCAGAGAACUUCAAAUCACUGAGGAAGAUGCAGUUGGAUUGUUAGUACCAGGUGAAGGUUACGCACCUGAACCAAUGGAAUAUCACCACCUCACAGAAAUCAAUGCUAAACUCAAAAUAGUAAUCUCUGAUGCAAAUCUCUCUGCAGUUCAGAACUCCUGUUCAAAGGACUCCAAACAGAUUUAUCAGGAUUCUUUGGCUUAUGCAAAUAGAAAGCUGGAAACAAUUCCAGGUGAAAAGGUUUUAAGAGAUAAUAAAGAAGAACGAAAUCAGCAAAAUCGGCUUAGAGAGAUUGACCAACAGCUGAAAAAUCUGGAAAGGACUCCAGGUGUACUGCCUUGUCUCUCAGAAGAACAGCUUAAUGCCCUUCUGGAAGAAUGUGUACAAACCCCAAGAGUAAACAACCUUGCUUUGCAAAGAUCUCAGGGAUCCUUUCUUGAGCGAGCAAGUCCCUGUUGCGACACAGCUGUGGACACCAUUACUGUAGAAGAUGCCCAAAGUGUGAAAAUAUUGGCAAACCAAGAAAUAGUUGAAGCUGAAUAUAAAGAUAUGUCUGCAAAGGAAAUGAUGGAAACUUCUGCCUGUAGUCUGAACGAGGCAUUGGUUGAAUCGCACCCGUCAGAGAAAAAAGAAAAUUAUAAUCAAGACGACGAAGAGGAGAUGGCACAUAUUACUAACUCUGACAACUACUUCAUGUCAAUAGCCCUCAGCACAGAGAGGCCAAAAAAGCCUUCUUUUCUUGAUGAACCUUUUUAUUGUAUCAGCUUGAACAAUGAGCCAUCCACAGAUGUCGACAUUCCUGGCAUAACAUUGAAAACCAGAGGAGAGAAACUGAAAGAUGAAGAUGUGAAUGAAGAAUAAUAUGCUGCUAACUUAAACCACAUUGGUAAAGUCUGUUUCAAUGGUUUUGAUUUACAUAAAGAUUAUUUCAGAAAUCAUCAUCCAUAUCUGAGCUAUAAAUCUUAUUCAAUAAAAAACAUUUGUCUCAUAGUCAAUACUUUUUAUCUUAUUUUCUUGUGGCAAUUGAACCU